AUAUGUAUCGAGUGGUCAUGCGCUCGCCAGUGGGAACAACGGGAAUGAUAGCUAGUCGAUGGCACCCUACCAUUGCCAACCUUGACGGAGACCACCAUGAAGGCAGUACGCUACUACGGACCGGGGGAUAUACGCGUCGAUAACAUACCGGAACCCACCACCGGCGACAAGCAGAUCAAGAUCAAGCAUGUAUGCGGCUCCGACUUACAUUCGUACUUCGUACUGCAAACCCCGGUGUCUCCCACCUUGACGACACCUCAUCCCACCACGCAGGAAACCCUUCCCGUCGUCAUGGGCCAUGAGUUCUCUGGAACAAUCGUCGAAUUAGGCAAGGCGGUGGACAUCAGUAAGUUCUCGGUAGGCCAGAAUGUCGUAGUCGAGCCGCUCAUCUCGUGCGGAAAGUGUGGGCCCUGCUUGUCUGGCACUCGGAACCUUUGUCAUCAGAUCAGCUUCAUCGGCAUCGGCGGAUGGGGUGGUGGUUUGGCAGAGUACACAGUCACGAAUGAAGACCUCGUACAUGUGCUCCCGGAUAGUAUUCCUCUGGAUGUAGGAGCACUCAUCGAGCCUCUAGCCGUCAGUUGGCAUGCCAUGAAGAUAUCCCGCUUCAAGCGCGGGAGUAGUGUGCUCAUUAUCGGAGCCGGGCCUAUCGGUCUCCUACUGUUGAAGAUACUGAAAGCCGAAGGCGCGUCUUGGAUUGGAGUGUCCGAACCAGCUGCCGCUCGCCGUGCGACCGCUGUGAAGCUCGGCGUCUCUGCAGUCUACAACCCGCUUACCGAAGACGUCGUUGCCGAGACAUUCCGGGCUACCGACGGUGGGGCCGACGUCGUUUUCGACUGCGCAGGAAUACAAGCUAGCUUCGACGCCGCACUAGCUGCCGUCCGGACCCAAGGGAACGUUGUCGAGGUUGCAGUCUGGGAGACGAAUCCUGUGAUCAAAAUGGGAGCACUGCAGACGAAGGAGGCGAUCCUGACUGCGAGCCAAGCGUAUGAUCGCAGACACGAAGAGCUUCUCAAGGUCGUUGCAGAAGGUCGGAUCCCUAAUCUCGAGGAGCUGAUCACCAGCAAGAUUGCCUUGGACGACUUCGUCGAGAAGGGGAUCAAGACCCUCAUUGCAGAGAAAGAUACCCAGAUCAAGAUUCUCGUCCAUCCCUAAGCAAGUCGGCGCCCAGGUCUGCAGUGGAUGCCGGCAUGACGGCCCCGAUGUAUAGAUCCUCAGUUUUGCACUUACCGCUGUCUCGGGUCGAUACCAAUCGUAUCUCGAUCGAAAUUGGAGGAUCGCCAGGCACCGAAGCCGAGCGAAGCCUCAACGGCAGGCCGAAUGCUUGACGUUGAACGUUGAACGUGAAUCGCCGGAGCACUGGGCGUUGUUUGUGCUAUGCUCUCCGGACGUUCGAUAGGAUAGCGGACUUGUGUUCCUCAAUC